AUGGGUAGUUCAGUUCAAUCUAUUUAUUUACUCAAGGAUUUAAUUGUUGCAUACUAUAAUGGCUUUUAAUGUAACUGAAGAGUCUGAAGUUGACUGCAUCGUUAUAUUUUUUGAAUUCUCAACUUAAGAACACAAAUUUAUUUCAUUGUCGGUUAAGACCACUCUAAAAAUUCCUGUUCAAUGUUUACAAUUAUACUUACAAACUUUGAUAUACAAUGACAAAUUUCUUUGCUGUAGGUAAGCUCUGCAGUGUUUAUUAUCAAUUGUGUUUAUUUAUCGUUGUUCUGCAGUUCUGCUGUUUUGUUUAUGUGUUGAAGGUCCUCUACUUCAAUACUCCUCGUCAAGGCUUAUGAGAGCCAAUGAAGAUUUUGUGCUGUGCUGAAAGGUUUUAAUAGAAUGGGUGGGCCUAAACGAUUCAAGAAAGAUGAUAACAAGAAGUUCAAAAGACGGAAGAAGGAUGAUGAUGAUUAUAAUUAUGAGGAUGAUCUCGGAGACGCACCAGCUGAAGGCGUCCCUGAAUCCGCCAAGAAAAACGUGGAGACGGAAGACCAGUCGGUCCCAGAGGAUGAGUACGGAGCGAAGGACUACAGAUCGCAGAUGGAGUUGAAGCCAGAUCACGCCUCUCGCCCUCUGUGGGUGGCACCAAAUGGACAUAUUUUCCUGGAAUCUUUUUCACCAGUGUAUAAGCAUGCCCACGACUUUCUCAUAGCAAUAUCUGAGCCUGUCUGCCGGCCUGAGCACAUUCAUGAGUACAAGUUAACUGCGUACUCACUGUACGCUGCAGUCAGCGUGGGCCUCCAGACGCAUGACAUAAUUGAGUACUUGAAGAGACUCAGCAAGACCAGCAUCCCUGAGGGUAUCAUAGAGUUCAUCAAACUGUGCACCGUCUCUUACGGGAAGGUGAAGUUGGUACUGAAACACAACCGAUAUUUCGUGGAGUCACCGCAUCCGGAAGUUCUCCAGAAGCUGUUGAAGGAUCCGGUGAUCCAGGAGUGCAGACUGCGACGAAACGUGGACGAGGAGGAGAAUGUAACGGCAGAUGGGUUCAUCACCCAACAGCAGGACAAGAAAAAUGUGCCCCAGUUCGGCGCCAAGCAGGCCGGCACAGCGCCGGAAGGCGGUGACCCCCCGGCCGCGGACCAGGAAACGGUGCCGGAGGACAUCACCAACUUCUACGACAAGAUCGACAAGGAAGACGAGGACGAGGAUGACGGAAGCCUGAAAACUGUUUCGUUCGAAGUGAACCAGGAGAAGAUAGAAGUUAUCCAGAAGCGGUGCAUUGAGUUGGAGCAUCCUCUCCUUGCAGAGUAUGAUUUCAGGAACGACACCGUCAACCCUGACAUAAACAUUGAUCUAAAGCCGUCCGCAGUUCUGAGGCCAUACCAGGAGAAGAGUUUGCGCAAAAUGUUUGGCAAUGGACGUGCGCGAUCAGGAGUCAUUGUGCUGCCGUGUGGGGCCGGCAAGAGCUUGGUGGGGGUGACUGCGUGCUGCACCGUGCGCAAGAGGGCCCUUGUGCUGUGUAACAGCGGCGUGUCCGUGGAGCAGUGGAAGCAGCAGUUCAAGAUGUGGUCCACAGCGGACGACAGCAUGAUCUGCCGGUUCACGUCGGAGGCCAAGGACAAGCCGAUGGGCUGCGGCAUCCUGGUAACCACCUACUCCAUGAUCACGCACACCCAGAAGAGGUCGUGGGAAGCGGAUCAGACCAUGAAGUGGCUCCAGGAGCAGGAGUGGGGCAUCAUGGUGUUGGAUGAGGUGCACACCAUCCCGGCCAAGAUGUUCCGGCGCGUGCUCACGAUCGUGCAGUCGCACUGCAAGCUGGGGCUGACGGCCACCCUGCUGCGCGAGGACGACAAGAUCGCGGACCUCAACUUCCUGAUCGGCCCCAAGCUGUACGAGGCCAACUGGCUGGAGCUGCAGAAGAGGGGGUACAUCGCCCGAGUGAAGUGCGCGGAGGUGUGGUGCCCCAUGACGCCUGAGUUCUACCGCGAGUACCUCGUCUGCAAGACCUGCAAGAAGCUGUUGCUGUACGUAAUGAACCCAAACAAGUUUCGUUUCACCCAGUACCUUAUUCGGUACCACGAGCGGAGAGGGGACAAAACCAUAGUCUUCUCAGAUAACGUGUUUGCCCUGAAGCACUAUGCCAUCAAGAUGAACAAGCCUUACAUCUACGGACCCACAUCGCAGAACGAGCGCAUACAGAUACUCCAGAACUUCAAAUUCAACCCCAAAGUGAACACUAUAUUCGUGAGCAAGGUCGCGGACACCUCGUUCGACUUGCCCGAGGCCAAUGUGCUCAUCCAGAUCUCGUCACACGGAGGCUCUCGCCGGCAGGAGGCUCAGCGGUUGGGCAGAAUUCUUCGUGCAAAAAAGGGUGCAAUAGCAGAAGAGUACAACGCAUUCUUCUACACUCUGGUGUCUCAGGACACAAUGGAGAUGAGCUACUCUCGCAAGAGACAGCGGUUUCUGGUCAACCAAGGGUACAGCUACAAAGUGAUCACCAAGUUGGCUGGGAUGGAGAAAGAACCAGACAUCAUGUACAGCACCCGGGAGGAGCAGGGCCAGCUGCUGCAGCAGGUUCUGGCCGCCAGCGACAUAGACGCCGACGAGGAGCGCAUCCCGGGGGAGGGGCCCCGCUCCGGCCUGACGAUGAAUCGCCGUGUUGGCAACAUGAGCUCUAUGUCGGGUGCUGAUGAUGCUGUGUAUCUGGAGUAUAGAAAACAUGCUAACUCAAACAUCAAACAUCCUUUGUUCAAGAAGUUCAGAGGCUAGAAGGCCUUACUUUCUUUUUGUAUCAUUGUAUUAUAUGUACAUUAUUUUGUAUAAUUAAACUACUAUUUUUACUUAUGGGUCA